AUGGCGUCCUCUUCCUCUCGGACUCGCCUUUGGAAGUACGAUGUGUUCCUGAGCUUUCGAGGACCAGACACUCGGAAAAACAUUGUCAGCCAUAUAUACUCCGCACUCCGUAACAAAGGAAUCUUUACUUUUAAAGACGACCGGACGCUGGAGGUAGGAAACUCGAUUCCAGACGAACUUGUAAGAGCCAUCCAGACCUCACGGUUUGCCGUAGUUGUCAUCUCAGAAAAUUACGCCGCUUCGACUUGGUGCUUGGAGGAACUCCGGAUGAUAAUGGAGCUUCAGGCGGUGGAAGGUGGCAUCAGUGUGGUUCCAAUCUUCUUUCGAGUUGCGCCUUGUGACGUUAGACAUCAGAGCGGAAGUUUUGGGACUGCUUUUGCUAGCAGGGUAAGCCACGAAAAGGCUGAGAAGGUUACUCUAUGGAGAACAGUUCUUACCAAAGUCGCAAAUCUGUCAGGCUUCGACUCCAGCGUAUGUGUGGACGAGGCAACGAUGGUCGAGGACGUUGUCCGACAUCUAUUAGACGGUCUGUUCCCUGCGCACACUACAGACGACGAAGAUGUUGUUGGGAUGAGCCGACACAUGGAAGGCUUAGCUUCUCUCUUGGAAAUGGAAUCAGAGGAAGAGGUUCGUUUUGUAGGAAUUUCGGGAAUGGGGGGAGUAGGCAAAACCACCAUCGCCAAGUAUCUCUAUAGACGGUUUUCACGUCAGUUCCCAGUUCGUUGUUUCAUAGACGGCAUCGCCAAGGUUUACAAGGAGAAGGGUCUCCCUUACCUGCGGAAGAAGUUCCUCUCCCAAAUCUUCCGUGAUGAACAUGUAAGUCUCGGAAGUGUUGGAGCUGGAUCCGAUGAAAUAAAGUCGAGACUCGGGCACCAAAAGCUGUUUGCUGUGCUUGAUGAUGUGGAUCAAGUGGAGCAGUUACUUGGCCUGGCAAAAUUCCCAACCUGGUUUGGUCCAGGGAGCCGCAUCAUCAUAAUUACACGAGACAAGGGUCUACUCGAUGCCUGCAGAGUUAAAAAUGUGUACCCCGUCAAGUGCUUGGACCAAGAGGAUGCGCUCCAGAUGUUUAAACAUAUUUCUUUUGGAGGAGGACCUUGUCCCGACGGUUUUGAGAAACUUUUGAUUAGAGCUUCUCGGCUUGCUCAUGGCCUUCCUUACGCACUUCACUCCUACAGUUUACAUCUGCACAGAAAGACAGCAGAAGAGUGGGAAAAAGUACUGCUUGAAUUUGAAAAAGCUCCUCACACGAACAUAUUCCAUUUCUUGAGAAGCAGCUAUGAAGGCUUAACCCCACGGGAUAAGAUUGCUUUCCUUCAUGUGGCAUGUCUUUUUAACGGACACCAUGUCUUGCGCGCCAGUAGCCUUCUUUUUGAUGGUGGACGUAAAGUAAGACACUUAGUGGAGAAAUCUCUUGUUGACAUAUCAGCUCAAGGGUGCAUAAACAUGCACGUUUUAGUAGAAGAAAUGGGAAGAGAACUCGUGCUUGAAGAAUCCGACCAUAUCCCAGAGAGACAAAGAAUCUUGUGGGGAAAUAAAGUCUAUGAUGUCCUGCUCGACAACAUAGGUACAGAAAGAAUUGAAGGCUUGGCGCUAGAUAUGUGUGAGAUGCCUGACGUGUUACAUAUUGAGGACAGUAGUUUUAGGGCGAUGCGCAAGCUGAAGUUUCUCAUAUUCUACACGCACUUGGAUGAUAAAAGAUCCAAACUGGAGCUCCUUCAACAUGCAGCCAGACUUCCCCGCAUGCUUAGGUUACUACAUUGGGAUGACUAUCCGUUAACAAUCUUACCUUUAUCCUCAGCCGUUCUGGUUGAACUCACUCUGCGUCGCAGCAAUCUUCGGACCCUCUGGAAUAAUGAUAUGGUAAUUUAA